AUGUCUGGGUCCUGGAGAGUAGCUGUUGUGACGGGAGGCAACAGAGGCAUCGGACGCAGUCUGGUUCGUAAUCUGUGUCAAACAUUUGACGGGACUGUGUAUCUCACAGCAAGGAAUGAGGAACGUGGCAAGAAGGCUGUUCAAGAUCUGAAGACACAAGGUUUAAAUCCUCGCUUCCAUCAACUGGAUAUCGACUCGAGAGACAGUAUUUGUGAUUUCGCCAAACAUCUGAAGGAGACCCACGAUGGAGUUGAUGUAGUCAUUGCCAACGGUGCCGUAAGUUACGAGAAGAACAGCCCCAUCCCUUUAGAAGAGCAGUCGGAAGCCAACAUCCGCAUCAACAACAUCGGCAACGCAAACCUGUACCAAGCCCUAGAACCACUUCUCAGACAAGAUGGCCGCUAUGUCAUCGUGUCGAGUCGUUUCGGGCAAUUGACCAACAUCUCUGAGAAGCUUCGACCAAAGUUCCAGACUGACAAUAUGUCGAUUGACCAACUAAACUGUGUCCUCAGCGAAUAUGUGACAUCUACCAAGGACGGGAGCUACAAGGACAAAGGGUGGCCAGAUUGGCCAAACGUCAUGUCCCAGGUGGGUCGUGUAGCUCUGACCAGAAUCAUUGUGCAGAGUCUUAAGGAUAACCCUCGUCGUCUGCUCGUGAACGCCUCCUGUCCCGGAUGGACAGUCACUGACGCCGCAAGGUCAUAUCUGGACGUCAGAGGAAUGUUUGGUGACGUCAAGGCAAAGAACCCGGAUGAAGCAGCCGUCGACCUCGUUUGGCUGGCCACGUUGCCAGCUGGAACGACGUCGCCACAUGGAGAGUUGGUCCAGUACAGGAAGAUUGUGUCCUAUGAAGGGUAA